UACCGAAUAUGGACGACCCGUGACCGAGGUGUGCUUGAAGAAGCUGAGCAGUGCGUAGGAGCGGCUAUCAACGUCGACGUCAGUACGUACGACGUCAAAGAGUCCCUGAGUGGGAGAACAGCUCAAUUCCCAGGAAACACAAACCUGUGCAAGUGGUUGCCCAGCCAGCAAUUGUGCUGUAGUGAGACCGUUCAUCUGACUAAUAUACUGCGAAUAUAAGGCUGUAGGAUCAAGUUUCGCCUUUUUCGGUUCUGA